GUGCUCGUGAAAGACCCAACCCUUGCUUGCUUGUGCCUGGCCUCCACUGUGCCAAGCCAAGCAGCGAAACCCCUGCCUGCCUUGCCUGCCUGCCGUUGCAUUUAAAACCCCUCGUUCGCUUCAGAGAUUGAGAGACUCGAGAGAGUAGCAAGCAGAAGGGACGCCGCGCGGUGCGACGGAGAUCGAUCGAGCUCGCUCACCCGCCGUCGCAGCUCACCGCCCUCCCACAGCCACUCAGCAGCGUGCUCCAUCUCCAUGGCGGACGCGGCUCGCCUCUUCCUGCUUCUGGUGGCGGUGGCCGCCGCGCUCGCCGGCCGCUCAGACGGCGCGUGGUGCGUGUGCCGCCCGGAACUGGGGGACAGCGCGCUGCAGAAGACGCUGGACUACGCGUGCGGUGACGGCGCCGACUGCAAGCCCAUCCUGCAGAACGGGCCCUGCUUCGCCCCGGACACCGUCAGGGCGCACUGCUCCUACGCCGUCAACAGCUUCUACCAGCGCAACAACCAGAACGCGCAGGCAUGCGUCUUCUCCGGCACCGCCACGCUCGUAAGCACCGACCCGAGCGGCAAUGGGUGCACUUAUCCUGCAACCCCGAGCGCUGCUGGGACUAGCAACGGCGGUUCGCCCGGCGUGUACAGCCCACCGACGAUGGGCAUGGGCCCGUCGGCCCUCAACGACAACAGCGGCGCCAAUGUCCUCCCGGUGGCCGGAGUCGCUGCCCGGCUGGUGAUCCUAGCCUUCUGCUCGCUCAUGGCGCUCUACCUUUGUGCGUGAUCAUGGCGCCCCUACGUCGCACUGCUUGGGUUUGGGCGUCUUGUUCGUUCAACUUUUCUAGUGGCAGGCAGAGGGAACCCUUUUGUUGGUGGCGGCACUGCGUUCGGGUGAAGAACAACUUUGCUUGGAUGAAUGGCAUCGUUGCUGCUACAAUUUCCAUUCACUUUUCUCUGCUGUAAAUCUUAGAUUCUAGUAGGAGGGAAUUCUGUGUUGACUUUGUGGACAUGGUGUUUAGGGUCCAUGUGUUAAUUUGUUAUUGCCUGAUUUUAUGCC